UGUGUGACGUCAUUCAGAGCGACGGUGGAAGGUCUUGCUUGCCUGUCACUACCCUGAUUUGGACCGGAAUGACAAUGCAUGGUGUUGUUUAAGUUUACUGAGUGAGGAGUGUGAAUGAUUUUAAAGAGAAGUACAUCAGUAACAAAAAGAAGGGCAGGAGGACAAACCAGCUAUUUUCUGUAACACACAAAUGGCUGGAACAGAGAAGGUAAGUCAAGCUGACAUGAAUACCAUGGAGGAAAGGACAGCAGAUAUUAAGAAGGAGGAAGACUGUGGCUGGGUAUCUGUCUACAUUAAAAAGGAGAGUCCAUGUGUUAAGGAUGAGGAUGACGACUCUGAAUUAAUGUCAGUAGUCAUUAAAGAAGAGCCUGAGGAGAAGUCUGUUGAUAUGGACAUACAGAAACAUAAAAGUAAAGACAAUGUCAAGGAAGAGGACCUUCACUCUGCAAUUGUCAUUCAGUAUGGGAAUCAAGAUGGAGAGGUAAAGGGAGCAGCCUCUUCUCAGAGCUCAUCUUUGGAGCCUUCUGUUAAUGUGAAGUGUGAAUCUUUAUCUAACAUAAAAAAUGAUGAAGAAAUGUCAAGGAUAUCACCGGAAAGUCAACCAACACCUGCAAAUCAGUACGGAGAAAAUUCACAAGAGAUUUGCAGCCUCUCCCUGUCUUCUCCUAGCCAAAUGUUUUCUCAGUGCAAACCACAACAGAUAAAACAUGAUGAACAUGUGGAGAAAUUAACACCAGGAUCACAGAAUGUGACAACAUAUACUUUGCAGUGUAGUUCCCUGCCUGUUGCAAAACUUACAGGAAUGGAUGCUAUUAACACACAACAACAUUUCUGCAGUGCAAAUUUAGUGGUUUUGUAUCUGUGUCAAGAUCUGACGAAAAGUUGUAAUCAGGAAACUGAAUGCAGAGAUGAUCGCUGUCGAGAAGAGAGAGACAAGCCAUAUCGCUGUUGUGAAUGUGGCAAACGGUUUUCACAACUGAACCAUCUUCAGAGCCAUUCAAGAAUUCACACUGGAGAAAAGCCAUAUAGCUGUUCAGAAUGUGGCAAACACUUUUCACAAGUAAGCCAUCUUCAGAGCCAUUCAAGAAUUCACACCGGUGAGAAGCCAUACUGCUGUUCUGAAUGUGGAAGACGAUUUUCACAAAUGAACAACCUUCGGGGCCACUCAAGAAUUCAUACAGGAGAGAAACCAUACUGUUGUUCAGAAUGUGGCAAACAAUUUACCACGAAGUAUAGUCUUCUCAGCCACAAAAUAAUCCACACUGGAGAAAAACCAUAUAGUUGUUCUGAAUGUAGCAAACAUUUUUCCUUGAGAAGCAGUCUACUGAGACACACAAGACUUCACACAGGAGAAAAGCCAUAUUCUUGUUCUGAAUGUGGGAAAAAAUUCUCUGACAGGGCAAAUUUUCGAUGUCACACAAGAAUUCAUACAGGAGAGAAGCCAUACUGCUGUUCCGAAUGUGGCAAGCGAUUCUCGCAAGCAAACAAUCUUACAAAACAUACAAAAAUUCAUACUAAACUGAAAAAAGGCCGGAGGAGUGAAGGAGCAAAUGAUACUUGUGUGUAAUAGAAAUCCUCCCAACUUCUCAAGUGUUAAAGGGGCAUCUUUCACUGAUGGGCUUCAUUCCACAAACUUUAAACCAAGUCUACUCGAUGAGUAAACCUUUUUAAAAAACGUAAAAAUAAAAAUAAAAAGAAACAACUAAACACCUAAAAAGCAAAUUUGUUGUGGGAAAAUGGUGCCAACCACCAAUCUCUGUAGUAGAGUCAGAGCUUGUGGUAACAUUGGUGCAACAUCUUCAAACAAGAUCUCCCUCCAAUUUUUUUUUAGUUAUUAUGUCCAUAGACUUGCAUACUUACAGACAGAGACACACAAAUGUCAUUCUUUAAGUCUUCAGAUUGUUUUCAGGGAUUCCUAAAAUGUUUAAAUCCUUUGAAAACUAGAGGUGAAUUUUGACUGCAUCAUACUCCACUUCAUCUGGGGACAGUAAACAGAAGCUAGCAUAUUUUAAAAUGUAUGGAUAGAAAUAUCCAGAUGUGAUCGGAAGCAACUAAAGAUGAUUUCCACCCUACAGUGAAGUGCAUUUUUGGUACACAAUUCUGAGAUAAAGAUACACUGGCAUGGUGCUAGAAGAAAGAACUGAGAAUGGAGGUGAUGAACAAAGGGCAGUGCUGUGUAAGCAGAACACUGAAACAAGGCCUUUAAAGAUUUUUGUCCAUCUUUACAGAAUUUUGAUAAUGUAAGUAGUAUGGGCAACACUUCACUUUGAGCCUGCAGCCCAGCUUUCCCAUGGGGAUGAGACUUUGUUCUGCCAAUUUCUUCUUCAAGAUUUGGAGUUGAGCUAACUUGAACUUUCUCAGUGUUUUUUAGUGUCCAUGAAAUGCUCUGUUUUUAGACCACGGCUCAUGUAAGAAUGAUUUAAAAGGUUUGUUUGUGUUGAUAUUUAGUAAAUCUUCCUGUUGAAAUCUUUAGUACCAAUUAAGAAUUUAGAUACACCUACACAUUGAAGGGUUCUUUAUUUUUUGUACUGUUUUCUAGUGUUUAGCGUUAAUAGUGAAGACAUCAAAAUUAUGAAUUCCCACCCCUGAAAUUAUGCCACAGCUAAAGGAUGUUAAACAAAUCCAUCCUCUGUUUUCUUGGUAGAUUCUUCAGAGUAUCCACCUUCUAACUUGUUAACCACUUUCUACACUCUCGACUUUGUCUUCACCUUAUUUGUGAAGUGUUUAUCUAGAAUGCUUCUCCCCACAGUCUUGGGCUAAUUGUCACAUGUGCUGAUGACUUAUUGGCUGAUUUUCUUUGCCUAUCUGGUCCAAAUCAUCCCAUACUGUCUAUAUUGGCUUUAGGUCAUCUGCUGCUAAGUGAACCAUCACUUGACUUCUUUGACAGAUGGACUUUACAUCUGCCUGGUGGUGUGUUCAGGUCACCCUGUCAAAUGAACCAAGUGCAGAUUCAGAUGGGAUAGUGUAUCGCUGCAGAGUGCUGUGGUAGUUCUGUUGGUAAAGUGUGCCUUCAACUUUAAAUAAAUCACACUUCCUCUCCAUUUGUGCAAACGUCCUCCGUUUACAUACUCUGUAUCUCAUGAAGACAUGGCAUUUGGAAACAAAGUCUCAUAUUUAGACAUAGAUAUAGAAUAUAUUUUCACUAGUCUGAUGGCCACUGUUGGUGUCUCUUCUUCUUCUUUUAUGUUUUAAUCAGUAGUGGUUUCUUUGUUGUAUUACUACCUAGAAAGCCUGAUUCACACAGUCUCUGCUGAGCAGUUGAUGUUGAGAUGCAUCUGCUGAUUGAUCUCUGAAGUAUUUGUUUAGACUGCGUAAGCCACUAGGGGAAUUACUGCCACCCUAACCCCCGACACAGACAGGCAGGACACAGGUUCAACUCAACACCCGUGUUUAUUUACAGCUUUAUGCACAAAAUACCAACACCACAGCAAUAUACAGUCCCUUCUUGCCGCCAGUCCAUCCGCCUCCACUCCUCCUCAGGCUUUGUCUGCUUCCUCCCGACUCUGCCCCCUCAAUGGUGUGAGGCGGCUCCUCUUAUUCAGGUUCCAGGUGUUUCAUCAGUAUUACCUGGAAUGACUCCCAGGUGUGCUGGAGGUCCUCUAUAGGGCUCUGCAGCUCCCCCUGGUGGCCCCCACGGAACCCAACAGGCCUUCACCAAAGUCCAGUUCCUGACAUUCCCUGUGGGAAUCUGUGGUGCCACAGCCGCCCAGGAGGGCUGCCCUCUAGUGUUCCAGGGGAGAUAUUGCCUCAUCAAUGCCCUCUCCCCUGGUCCUUCCACUCUGCUGGCGUCCUGGCCAGGUAGAGGCUGUGGCCGCCCAUCACAACUGAGACCAGAGACAACUUGUAAGGGUGGUGGCUAAUGCCUCUGCUACAGAGGACAAGUGUAACUCUUAGUCUGCCUUUCCUGAGCCAUUUUCAUCAUAAUGUUCUUUGGUUUUUCCAACUGUACAUAAAGGAACUCUCAAAGUGUUUGAAAUUUUCCGUGUUUGACUAAGCACUGCAGAGGGCGGUGAAGGCAGCACAAAAUAUGACUGCCACCAGUUGCCUUCUUUUCAGGACUUAUGUAACACUCGUAGUCGUAGAAAGGUAAAUAGGCUUCUUAGUCUUAUGCGGCCCUACACCGUUGCUGUUCUCACUCCUUUUUGGACCACUGAAACUCACUCCAGUCAACUCAGGGACAGUUUCCAUCCAGAAAUCACAAGAUUACAGAACAGCCAUUCAUAACAAAUACUGCAUGUGCUCUUGUAUACAGUAUAUUAUAUAUAAUUGUAUAUAGGUCUUAUUCUAUGUCUACAUAUGCUUUGUGUGUAUUUUGUUGGUAUUGUGUUACUGUCACUAUUCUUAGGAGACAUACAAGUAACAAUUUCUUUGUACUAUGGUACAAUAAACUUGACUGUCAUUUCUC